UAUAUAUAAACAAAUAACAAUAGUAGUGUAAAGCUAGCGGAAUUAUGAAAGAAUUGGGUGAAUAAAAAACGCACACGCUUAACGAACUGUAAAUACGCGCUAUCUUCCCCAUCGAAAACGCUCAACAGGCAACAGCUGAUUAAAACGCUCUUUCUCUUAAAAAGCCGCAAAGAGAGAGAGAGAGCCAAAGGUUAAGAGAGAGAGUUUAAGAGUGAAAAGCUGACCAAAACGGAGCAUAAACAUGAACAGCGAUGAGGUGCAACUGAUCAAGAAGACCUGGGAAAUCCCCGUGGCAACACCUACAGAUUCUGGAGCGGCGAUACUAACGCAGUUCUUCAAAAGCUAUCCGUCCAACUUGGAGAAGUUCCCCUUCCGUGAUGUUCCACUGGAGGAGCUAAGUGGAAAUCCUCGUUUCCGAGCGCAUGCCGGCAGGAUCAUUCGAGUAUUUGACGAGUCCAUCCAGGUUCUGGGGCAAGAUGGUGAUCUGGAGAAGCUGGACGAGAUCUGGACCAAAGUGGCCGUUAGUCAUAUACCACGAACCAUUUCCAAGGAGUCGUACACUCAACUGAAAGGCGUUAUCCUGGAUGUCCUGACCGCCGCCUGCAGUCUGGACGAGAGUCAAGCGGCCACGUGGGCCAAGUUGGUGGACCAUGUCUAUGGCAUAAUAUUCAAGGCGAUCGACGACGAUGGCAAUGCCAAGUAGAUGGGGCAUCAGCAGAAGAUGCAGCUCUGGAAUCCGAGGCAAUUGGAUGCAACUGAUGCCGGCGGUGGCACUUGCAACACAUGCACAGCUUAUGUAGUUCUAAGUAAUUGAUAAAUGUUAGCUAUUCUCGUUUUGUAAUAAUGAAUGCGAAUGUCCAAAAGCAAAAAUGUCUGCGUAGAGCUACUCAAACACACACUCGCACACCCUACAAACACACACACGAACACACACAAACACCCGCACUUGCAUUGCUCUGUAAAGCUUUAACCCAUUGUCAGCCUUAAGCACUUGAUAACAAAGGAUUAAAUGAAAUCAGCAAAGGAGAAAUAAGAAAGCUUAUGAAUAAAAUCCAGUUUGAAAUCAUA